UCUAUAUUUUAAGGAUUGACACAUGGAGUAACUGCGUGCAUAUAUCUAUGAACUGCAUGCAGGUAACAGCUAGCUUGAUUCUCUGGUUAAAAAAUAAAAAUGGAUUGUGAUUCCUCUACAAAGAUGAAAGAUUCAGGGACUCUGCGUCGAAUCAAAACCUCAGAGAAACAGAUGAAAGCAGAUCAUGGUGCAGCAAAGCUGGUCUUGGACAGCCAAGACAAACUUAGGACAAGACAAAAGCCAUUGUUCAAGGCGGGCCUACCUCUGGAGAAAAAAAUUGAACAAGAAAAGCGGAGGAGGCAUGUCCUGAUCAAAGAGCACAACAGGCUGUUGUUUGCUGUAAAGGAAAAAGAGACCAAGCUGAAAGAGCUGCAGGAGUCAUUGAAAGCAAAGAACCUUGAGCCGACAAAUGAAGACACAUGUAAGCAGCGUAUACGACAGCUGGAGAACAACCUGGACAAGAUGAAGAUGAAGACCACAGAGGCUAGGGAAAUCCAGACGGCCUAUCAACACAUCCGUGAGCACCUGCAGCAGGAGGUGUGUGGGAUGUAUAAGCUGCUGGAGCAGAAGCAGCAUGCGGUGGCCGUUGGCCAGGCCGAGGUGCAGCGAGCAGCCCAACACUUCCAGUCAGUCACCGCGGCUACAGACUGCACUCGGGACUUGAUGGUUCAGAUGGAAUGUGAGACAGUGGGAAAGAAAAGAGAAAUGGAUAUCGAGCUAUGUGAACUGAGUGCAGAAGAAAAGGAGCUGAAAAGGCAAAUGGAAACCCUGGGCCGCCUGAGCCCCACAGCACACAGCAGGCUCAAAGAGCAGGAAAUUGAAGAAGAAGCACUCUCAAUUCCUGUCACAGAUCAUCAGGGUUAUGACAUCUGCGGAGCGUCACAGGCUGACAUGGAGCUGGUGGAGGAGAUGGAGGCUCUGAGGGAGGCGCUGGGCUGUGCUGACGUGCAGGAACUAGUUAACAAGGUGGUGUACCAGCGAACCACUAGGCAGCAGCUCCUCACCGAGGUCAGCCAGAAUGAGGAGCUGGCCCGGCAGGAGGCCCACGCCCUGGCCCUUCUGGAGCUCCAGUAUGCCCAGCUCAGGUUCAGUGCCCAACCUGCAGCCACAAGGUUGGACGAGCAGAAGGGAACGAUGCAGGCCAAACUGAACGAGGAAGUGGUCCGUGUGGAAUGCUUGCAGGCCGGGCUGAAGCAGUCUCAGGACAUGUUGGACGCUGUUGAGCGGGGGGUCAACAACAUCUACUUCAGGAUGAGCUGCGUUCCCGUGGAGGGCUUGCCCAGAGCUUCCUGUACUGAGAGCAUGGACAAACUGAGGGACAUCAGCGCCCGUCUACCAACACUACUGCACAGAGCAUCCAAGCACCAGCCUGAGAUCAGCAGCCUGGACCAAGAGAGGGUUUACAGCUUGCUCGAACAGCUCAACAGGAUGGAGUCGAGGAACAUCAAGAGACCAAGCACCCCGAUACACGCUAUCCAGCUUAAUGAUGAUGAUGAGGAAGAGUGCUGUCCGUCCCGCGAGGAGAUCAAGCGCUGCAGCAGAAGACUGAUCGAAGUCGAGCAGAACAAGAAGUUGUCGAGGAGAGCCAAGAAGAAGGAGUAGAGACACUAAUGGAAUAAACAGGAGAACAGCAA